AUUUCCAUAUCACACUACUUCACUCCCAUAACAUUCGCAAACAAACAGGGAAGCUACCUUUCUCACUACCCAUUUCGAAGAACAAUACAAUACAACACUCUAGAAAGAAGUAGAAACCUCUCUCAGUUACCUUUUCCAAAUGCAUCACCAACACCAACACCAAGACUCCUCAUUAGAAUCCGACCCUCAGCUCCCAGCCAUCAGAAUCCACCACCCUGCUUCUCCACGCCACCAUUCCUCCGGCGUGGGGGCCACUCCCACCCCUACCGCCGGUGCCCGCCGCAAGAUCGGCGUCGCCGUCGAUCUCUCCGACGAGUCUGCUUACGCUGUACGUUGGGCCGUCCACCACUACCUCCGACCCGGCGACGCCGUCAUCCUCCUCCACGUCAGCCCCACCUCCGUCCUCUUCGGCGCCGACUGGGGCUCCAUCGACCUCUCCAUUUCUCCUUCCGACUUCGACCGCCACCCCGAUGAAGUAACCGCCACCACCACCACGACGUCGUCUUCUUCCUCCAACAAUCAGAAGAAGUUGGAGGACGAUUUCGACGCGUUCACCGCUUCCAAAGCCGCCGAUCUGGCGAGGCCGCUGAAGGAGGCGCAGAUCCCCUACAAGAUCCACAUCGUGAAGGAUCACGACAUGAAGGAGAGGCUUUGCCUCGAGGUCGAGAGGCUAGGACUCAGUGCUGUCAUCAUGGGAAGCCGGGGAUUCGGCGCCGUUCGCCGCGGCAACGACGACGGUAGGCUCGGCAGCGUCAGCGAUUACUGCGUCCACCACUGCGUCUGUCCCGUCGUCGUCGUCCGCUAUCCCGAAGAUAAGGACGCCGUCGCCGAAGCUGUCCUCGCCGUCAAGGAAGGGGAGGAGGACGGUGAGGCUGUGAUCAAGACUGUCCCCAUUGAAGCUGUCCAUGAGAAAGAUGCUUAGAAGGAACUUCAAGUCAUGGGGUGAUUUUCUCUACCGCAGGUAUGAAUCCUCCUUUUGUUGCAGAUAGCAUAAAGGCAUCUGAUUCAACUGGCAUUAGUUGACACACUGAGAAGUUCGUGAAUGUUCUUGGUUGCUGAAACCUUUGCUACAAAGGCAGAUUGUAGAGUGGUUUCUCUGUCUGUACCUUUUGUCAAAAGAUUCUCGCAUGUAUGAACUUUGAGAAGAUUUGUGAAUGAUAUUUGUAUGGCCGUUGAAGUCUUUGUGGAUUUUUGUUAUGAACUUAUGCAUUAAGAAAAAAAAAAUGUCGCUGCAUUGUGAUGGAGCCUA